CUGUGUUUGCCUUGAAUGGACUGUAGAGACAUGGAUUUCUAUGAGGACUACGAGUCCCCGUUUGAUUUUAAUACAGGAGUGAACAAAAACUAUCUUUACUUGUCUCCUAGUGGAAACUCGUCUCCACCCGGAUCACCCACUCUUCAGAAAUUUGAUCUGCUGAGAACAGACCCAGUUCCCGAGGAAGGAGAAGAUGUUGCUGCCGCCAUCGGUGCCCCAGAGACCCUCUCAGAGGAGGAGCAGGAAGAGCUAAGAAGAGAACUGGCAAAGGUAGAAGAAGAGAUCCAGACCCUGUCUCAAGUGUUAGCAGCCAAGGAGAAGCAUCUAGCAGAGAUCAAGCGGAAACUUGGGAUCAAUUCCCUACAGGAACUAAAACAGAACCUGGCCAAAGGGUGGCAAGAUGUGACAGCGACGUCGGCAUACAAAAAGACAUCAGAAACCUUAUCUCAAGCCGGACAGAAGGCUUCGGCUGCUUUCUCAUCUGUUGGAUCCGUCAUCACCAAAAAGCUGGAAGAUGUCAAAAACUCCCCAACUUUCAAAUCAUUUGAAGAAAAGGUCGAAAACUUAAAGUCUAAAGUAGGGGGAACCAAGCCUGCUGGCGGUGAUUUUGGAGAAGUCUUGAAUUCGACUGCAAAUGCUAGCGCCACCGCCACGGAGCCUCUUCCAGAACAGACACAGGAGAGCCUGUGAGAGUCCCACCUGUGUUCGGCUACCCACUGCCAGAUGCUGCAAGCGAGACCCAGGCACAUCUUGUCAACAUUCAUCGCCAUGAAUUUCCACCAGAUGUGCUUUUGUUUAGCUUUACAUAUUCCUUUGACCAAAUAGUUUGUGGGUUGAACAAAACAAUGUCUUCAGCUCUACUCCUGGGGAACACCCUCUAAUGUGCAUUUAAGGCCUUUUCUUUGGGAAACACCAUUAUAAAAACACAUGUAGUACCUGGAGACCCUCACUAGAAUGAUCUGAGAAGCUGCAGGUUAUCAUAACUACUUUACAAAAUUGUUCUGGAUCUGGGAUACCGGUUUGAUCUUUGUCUUCUAUAUGAUUUUCAUUUUUUUCCUUCUUUGAACCUCUGCAUAUUUGAUUCCUAACUAAAAUUGUUCUUUUAAAAUUUAUGAAUUCUGGUUAUUAAAAGUUUUGGCAUAAUUUUCUUUACCUCCAUGGGAAGAACUGCCAGCUACAAAUUUUACAAAAAAUAUUUUUGAGUAAACAUUGUUUUGGUAUAAGGUAGCUUAUGUCUUGGGUGUCUGCAGACACGAGACUAAAUAAAUCAGCUCUACAUCCAAUGUGUUACAGUUUUGUAAGUGACAAUAUGUAUGGUAAUUCAACUCCUAGGUGAUUUAAAUUGUGGAACUGUCACAUCCUUGUUUAUCACCAUUUGUGACAGUAACUAUUUCAAUGUAUUGGUUAUUAUGCUACUUAUAUCAAAUUAUUUUUCACCAGAUUAAAAUUUUAGUUUUAGAGUAAAUUGACAAAAAAACCAUUCUGAAUUAAGCAUAUUGUAUUUUCAGUAGGUUGAAACAGGAACACACUCUCAUCAAUGUUCAAUUCAAAAGCCUGAAAGUUUUUUAGAUCUCAGUAAUUGUAAAAUUGCUAAAAUCAAUCACUUUAGGGGAAACAUUGUGUCUUCAUUUAAUUCAUUUAGUACCAUUUAAAAUAAACACACAAAGUUAUAUGACUAAUAUAACUUGAAAAUUUUUUAUACUAAGGGGUUGGUGAUAACUCCUGAGGGUUUAAUGCAUUAAUAAAAAUCAACUUAUGUUCUACUUAUCUGUUUUCAGUGUGUUAGAAAUUAUAAAAUGAUACUGUAGACAUUUCCUCCUACUUUGAAAACUGAGUGUCAGGGCUGACUGAACCAAAGCCUCUGGAAGUAUCUGCCUGGAGGCCAAGGUACUCUCUUAAUUCUAAUAGCUACUUACUCGUCACCACUACCUUUUCCUUAUGCUGUAUAUGGUUAUGGCCUACAAUGUUGUAUUUGUUAUUUAUCAAGUUGUGAUUGUUUUAUUAUUGUUUAUGCCAAAUGUUAAUUGCCAAGCUUGGAGUGACCUAAAGCAUUUUUUAAAAGCAUGACUAGAUUUACUUCAGGAUAAGUUAUCUUAUGAAAACCAAAUUUGAAAAGCCCCAAGUGUUGUUAUAAAAUAACAUGCUGCCGUUCUUAAUUGCUACAGCUUCUGUUAGCACGUUAGAUACAAUUGAAACUAUGCUCCAUUACAUGUGAAAAGCUUAAUAAAUUCUGUAUAUCAGUAGUAUAGGUCUCAAUAUUUAUUAUGAGACCAGUGGUCUGGAAACAGCUUGUUGUAUUAAAUAAUCAACUGGUGUCUAUGCUAAAAAAAAAGGAAAUUUUUUAACCGUCUGCUUUAAAUCACUACUUAAUGGUAUCAGACUAACAUUAUAAAUUAUUUCCUUGUAGAGGCUUUAAGGCAAAGAUUGUUGAAGCAUUGUCCUGGAGGAGUGGAUCUGUAGAGUUUGUCUUUUUAUACAAAUAUUGUGGUUACUCAACGUAACUGUUAAAUUAUUUUUUCUACCAAUUAGUCUUUCAAUUUUUUUUAAUCACAACAACUUCUUUUCAUCACGUUGUUUCUUGGGUGUCCUGCCCUGUUACUCUCUUUUCAACAAGGCAGAAUGGAGUAAGAUAGCAGUUUCUUUAGUUGGGUGAAAUAUCCUCAAAUCUCUUUACUCUAUGGGGAGAAAUGAUAGAAACAGGAGUGGGAAAUGGAAUGGGUGUAUGUGGGUAUUGGUGAUGGUUGUAAAAGAAGAAAUCAGAGAAUCACUUUUCUAGACAUCUGCCUACACUUAAUCCAAAAACGAUUUCAUCUCUUGCAAAGUACUCUGCCUCUUAAAAGAAGUAGCAAAAAGUAGAGGGAGGAUAAAUUUAGAAAAGUAAACACGGAUUUAGAAAUAUUAUUCAAAAUGAUCUUGGUGGAAGAUUCAAUAUUACGAAUUCACAGAUAGUUAAGAAAUUUGGAAGAUGGUAAUUACUAAGAACACUGGAGAGAGGUCCUGGUCCCUCUUUUGUGUUUUGUGUUCGACACUAUAGGAAACAGCAACUUGGAGAGAAAUCUCAGAUAUUUAAGGAUUCAAGAAGUGUGAUGGAUGAAAAUAAUCCCUGAAAUUAUCCCCCCUUUACAAAAGGCAGGUCCUUAAUUUAUGGAGUUCGUGGGAAAGAAAGCAAGAAUUCUUACGCUUAUGAGGCUAAAGUAAUCAAUGGAAGAAAGGAGAUCUCGUUGGAUUAUCAUUUUAGUAACUCAAAGAAACUAUUGAAAUAGAGAAAAAACAUGCUUAAUUUGGAAUCACUAUUUCUGGAUCUGUUAAUCAAGGAAAUACACACUAUUUUUUUUGUAUAGUAUUUGAAAACAAUAAAAAUUCUAUAAUUUGGGAAUGGGUUCUUUUGUAUGUAUGACCUGUCGAGGAAACAAGUGAGUGCAUUAUAACUUCUCUCCAGACCCUUCGUAUCCUGGAUACAGAAAGAACCAUAAGCAGCUAUACGGAUUCAGUGUGUCCAGGAAAACUGGAAAGCUACAUGCUGACUACCAAAAGGCAUUUAGAAGUGACUGUUUGCUGGAUAUGUGCCAGAGGAGAUGCCGCAUAAGGCCCCACGUCAGGAUCACAUGUUUCUUUAUAGCUCUUAACACAGAUGAAAGGUCAGAUUUUUGCCCAUAGUGAAGAGACAUUUGGCCAUUCAUUAGGGACUGUCCCAUUGUAAUUGGAUUAAUUAUAGAGACCAUGUUGGGUUACAGUUAACAUAAAACUGUCACUUUUAAGUAAACCUGCAAACCUUACAUUUCACAAUUUCUAUAUUCUGAUUCUGAGAUCAAAAUGAACCCGAAUCAAAAUGAGCCAAGAGAAUUCCCUCUCAGUUUGUAAGCCCCCAGAGGGCAGGGCCUGCAUGUGCCUAUCACCUGCCAGGAUUUCAUACUUAAAUAAAUGCUAUUUGGCGACUAAAA